AAAGAAAGGAUUUGCAAAUGGAGGUGGCAGAAACGGUCACUCUUUGAACGACAAAAGAUACAUGUGUAGCCAUGUCUGACUCUCUGUAUGAGAAGUUUUUGGCCCCGGAGGAGCCUUUCCCUCUCCUCUCUCAGAGAGCCAACCUCAGUGAUGUGGGAACUCUGGACGUCAGCGACUUUGGCUGUCAGCUCUCCUCUUGUCACAGGACAGAUCCUCUACACCGCUUCCACAGCAACAGGUGGAACCUUACAUCCUGUGGGACGAGCGUUGCCAGCUCAGAGUGCAGCGAGGAGCUCUUCUCCUCUGUGUCUGUGGGCGAUCAGGAUGACUGCUACUCCCUCCUGGAUGACCAAGAACUAACAUCUCUGGACCUGUUUCCAGAGGGCAGCGUCUGCAGCGACGUGUCCUCCUCUAUCAGCACCUACUGGGACUGGUCCGACAGCGAGUUUGAAUGGCAGUUGCCAGGAAGUGACAUUGCCAGUGGCAGCGAUGUCCUCUCUGACAUCAUUCCAAGUGUGCCAAGUUCACCCUGUUUGUUUUCUAAGAGGAAGCCCAAGCCUCAUCCUCAUCGCAACCUGGAUGAGCUGCCCUGGAGUGCCAUGUCCAACGAUGAACAGGUUGAGUACAUUGAGUACUUGAGUCGGAAGGUCAGCACAGAGAUGGGUCUGAGAGAGCAGCUGGACAUCAUCAAGAUCAUCGACCCCUGCGCUCAAAUCUCUCCCACAGACAGCGAAUUCAUCAUAGAACUCAACUGUCUCACAGACGAGAAGCUUAAACAGGUGCGGAACUACAUCAGAGAGCACAGCCCCAGGCAGCGAGCUAGCAGCACCAGAGAAGGAUGGAAGAGGAGCAGCCACAGCAGCGCCAGCACCGGCGGCGUCAGCGGAGCCAGCAGCAGUAACGCCAGCAUGGUCAGCUCCGCCAGCUCCUCCACCGGCUCCACGGCCUCCAACUCUGUAGCAGGUGGUACAGCUUCAGCCUGUAGUGGAAGCAGUGUUGCCAACAUUAGCAGAGCUCACAGUGAUGGCAACUUGUCCAGCGCUGCCGAACGCAUAAGAGACUCUAAAAAACGUUCAAAGCAGCGUAAGCUUCAGCAAAAAGCCCUCCGGAAACGGCAGCUGAAAGAGCAGCGUCAGGCCCGCAAAGAGCGGCUGAGCGGCCUGUUUCUGAACGAGGAGGUGCUGUCGCUGCGGGUGACGGAGGAAGACGACCACAGCGACGACCUGGACAUACUGAUGUGACACCAGUGAACAAAUCAGUGCUCCCUCUACGUCUGCUCUCUCACCACUCAGGCGCUACCGUAGAAGCUCAUAGAUCACGCUAACCCAUAGACUUAAACAGACCACCGCGCGCUUUCGCUUUGGCUAACAUCCUCAUAAUGCAUUUUGUAACACUAAAGUCUGACAGGCACUAGUAGCUUCUAGUAGUUUCAAACAUAUUGCUUGCUAAUACUAGUUUAACACUGCUAGUGCUAAAAAUGACUAAUCAGCGCUAAGCUACAGUAAUAGUGCAAAUAUUCUGCUAUUCCGCUUUGAUAGAUACCGACCUCCGCCUAGCCUGCUGCUGCUGCUACAGCCUAGAAGCCCGCAGAUGCACAUAGAUAUUAACAAGUUAUUUCAGCUGAAUAUAAUCCACGAGGAUUGCUUAUAGAUGCUGUAACAGCAGAUAUCCACUGCUACUAAUACAGCCACCACUGGCAGAGAGACAGAUCAGGCAAGAGAGCAGAGUCUGGCCAAAUUAUACCCACCCCCCCCUUUGCAUUAUUAUACUAUUAUAUCAGUGGUAUAAAAUUAUCUUCUAUUAUUUACAAUAAUAUAAGUUUUUGACAUUUUUUCAGGUAAGAGAGAAACCAUGUAGAUUCCCAAUGUGCGGUCAGAAUGUUUGGAAAUUUGCUCUGACGUUUUCAGAGAUGUAAGGAGGAUAUAAAAGAUGAAAUCCAACAUUUGUAGCUGACAUAUUAGUUUGAAUGUAAAGUGCAGCUUCAUGGUUUUACCAGACAGAACCACAGCGCCACCUACAGGGCUCUCUAUUUGUACAGAUAUCACCAUAUUUACAUACAUGUGUCACCACCUUUUUUUUUUUUUUUUUUAAACCUUGGUAGUUUUCACUCCUCUGCCUACAAAUACAUGCAUCCUCUACGGUGCUGUAUCUGCACUGGCCAAACUCGGUCCUCUGUAGCUCUAGUGUAAACCACCGCAGUGCUAGGUUAUCACAGACUGGAGCAGAUACUUCAAGGCCUAUAGACAACGUGGCUUUAAAGUAUCACUGUCAGCAGUUUCAACAUGUAAAAUAUGGGCAAAGCAAACAGAACAAAAUUGUGAACUCAAACCAUCACAAGGAUAAGCAAAUUCUAUAGGGGGAGAAGUCUUCAUCCUGAUAACCACUCUGUGCUGAUGCUGGUUUCUCUGUGAAGAUAAAUGUGACAAAUCCAACAACGAGUAACACAUAUUUAAGACAUUUCUGACAUGGAAACUGGAGCGAGCUGGUCUGUCUUUCUAUCUGCUGAGUGUCGUGGUCCCAUUUCACUCUCAAGGCUUAGAGGGAGCACUGAAGCACUGCAUGUUUAAACUGUCACCCACACCGAGUCUCUGUGUGGGUCAGUAACAACUUGCAUCAUUAUUUGCAAAAUAGCUUAUCUGUGUUGUAAAUACAUGAUAAAUAACAGCAUAUUUACCGCUUGCUUUCAAGGUUUCCUUGGUGAUAAAGGUUUAAUUUAAAGUUUUUCCUCUAUGUGUGUAUAUAUUAUGACAUGGUAGUGAAUGAAUUGGCCAUCAAAGCUUAAAUGCUAUAAAUUGCCACUGGUUCUUUUGAGUCUUAUUUUAUCACCAUUUAGUUGUUUUUUUGUUAUAAGUACUUUGAGUUGUGUCGUCGUCUCAGACAUCUUUUGAACGUCUUGAUAUUGACCCUGAUUCUUUGUCAAGUCCUUGUUUUUUCUGUUAGCACUCGACUGUAUUGCUGCUUGAAACAGACAGAUAAUCACACUGUCAUUUAAAAUGACAGAUCUCAUUCACUUCUGAGGAAGCUUCUGAGUGAAAUGCCCUUCAGUUUCAAGCAUUUAAACAUUGGUUAAGUCUUAUUCGAGGUUUUUACAGAUCACAUUGUGUCUGUCCAUGUACUGUAUGGCUGAUUUGGUUUUGGCACUAAACUUGAGCUGGUUAGGGGUUGAGCCAUUAACUUUCUAUGUGUGUUUAUUUUGCUCCGGUUUAAAAUCUGCAUCCAAGUGUUUCUGAAGCACUAACACCUCAAAAACAGCCUUUUGUGGAGUUGUAGCUACCAUGUGGUUUUCAGAUUUGCUACAAGUCGCAACCUGAGAUAUUGUUUUCCUUUUUUUUUCUGUCUACCUUGUAAGAAACACUUUCCCACAGCUUCUCAGCUGGAACGUGGUUGAACCACUUGCAGUCUUUUCUAAUAGUUUAUGUACUGAGCUUUGACUCUUGUCUCUGUCUCCUGUAUAAAGUUAUUAAUUACAGCAAUUGUGUUAAAUGCAGCUUUAUGAUUAUGUAGUAAUGAAGUAGUAAAACUCUAUUUUGAAAAAUAAGAUAAUUUUGAAAAAAAAAUUAAAACACGCCACAGUGUGAUGCAACAAACUUAUUUGUGUAAAUAAGGUACCAUGUAUUUGCUGAAAAUGAAAGGUAUUGAAUUGAUAAAAUAGGAUUUAAAAAAAGUAAAUUCACUUUUUGUCAGGGGAAAUUUACUUUCUUACCCUCAGUGUCAUUGUUAAAACUAAUUUAUACCAGACACCAGUUGAGGUAACAUUUUUACCCCCAGCUACAAUAACCAACAGUGUUUCUUCAUGUAUUAGUUCUAACAUAUAAACCUCUAUGGAAUCUGUAUUUGUUGUUCCAGGUACAAUUCACGUAGUUACAAUUACAGCUGGUGUUGAAUGACCAGUGUAAAUGGUGAUUGUGUUAUCACUGGCUGAAACCUUGAAUACUGCAGAGGCCAUGUUAGUGCUGCAGGAAGGACUGUGAGCAGUCCACUCAGUGGUUCUGAGACAUUGCAAACUUGACAAAUAAACUUACAUUGUUGC